AUGAUGAAGGAUAAUCUCAAAAAUUGAAGGCGUACCUUAGCAAAUAAGCGAAGGUUUCAUUUAGAAAAUGUCUAAUUUUCUUUUCUUUUCUUUUCUUUUUUAAUACUUAAAAAGCCCAAAACCCAAUCCCAUAAACCUAAAAUCAGGAAUCAAUAUAUUUGUUAUAUAAGAACAAAAACUUAAUAAAUACCUUUUUGCUUUUAGUCUGCCUCAGAUCUCCGUCUCCACAGGAAUGGCUACCAAGCAGCCAAAUACUGGCCUCUUUGUGGGACUGAACAAGGGCCAUGUUGUAACCAAGAAGGAGUUGGCUCCACGUCCCUCUAAUCGGAAAGGAAAAACUAGCAAAAGAGUCCAUUUUGUGAGGAACUUGAUUAGGGAAGUUGCUGGUUUUGCACCAUAUGAGAAGAGGAUUACUGAACUUCUGAAAGUUGGUAAGGACAAACGAGCGCUCAAGGUUGCUAAAAGAAAGUUGGGAACUCACAAAAGGGCAAAGAAGAAGCGUGAGGAGAUGUCUAGUGUGCUCCGCAAGAUGAGGGCUCACCCUGGAGGUGGAGAAAAGAAGAAGUGAAGCUCUCUGGUGACAAGUCACCUUGAUGAUUUCAUUAGAGAACUUUGUUUAGCAUAAAUUUCAACUUAUUGGUUUGAGACUGAAAACUAUGCACUGAAUCUCGUUUGUUUAAUUUUAUAAUGUAUGCUAAAUUUUUGUGUUUAGUUGCAUGUCCUUGACAUGUUGGGUAUUGCCUUGUUUUCUUAGCCGUAAGGAUUUGGAAGAUUAUCAUUGAGUAAAGAGAGCAUCUUUCGUCGUUUAUUUAAACCAAA